CAGAUUUUAAACGAUAGAGUAGUUUUGAACUGUUGUUCUAAGUAUCUUUUAAUGAUAUUAUAAUUACAAGCUAUGUCAGUUUAUAAAAUUCCAAUAGAACAUUAGAAGUGUGACCACAUAGAGCUCUACAUUUAGGCGGUAAGCUGCAAUAUUUCUGUAAGUGGGUAUAAAUAUAAAUCUUGUUUUAAAUAAAAAUAAAAAAAUGUCUCACGAUAAUGAUUACGGAUUAAAAAAUUACCUUCAAGAAAAUAAUGUAAAGAAAAAUAAAAGAAAAGUGCGUAAAUGGAAUCUGAGACUUUCGCCGAAAUAUUUCGCUGAAAGAGCAAAGAGUUACCUCUUACUGUUUCUAAAUACAUCCACAAUUCAUGGCCUCAAACAUCUCGUAGUUGCUGGAAGACAUCCAUUGGAAGUCAUACUCUGGCUGUUGAUAGUGGCGAUAUCUUUAUUCGGCAGCGUGUUCCUUGCGUGGACGACAUGGAUCAGAUACCAGAACUCCCCUACUGUCAUAUCAAUGGAUCGCGACAUGUUCUCUUGGAACACAUCAUUCCCUGCUGUUACUAUUUGCUUGGAGACGAAAUUAGACAUGGAUAAGUUGAAUAAUUAUAUAGGGAAAAGCAACGAAACUGACAAAGAUUUACUAGAACGAUUCCUUAGAACCUUAUCAAAUGCUACUUUCAAUAACUUUGACCAAAUACCUGAGUACCAGGGUAUACCUCCAGAGAAGUAUUUAGAUGUUCUAGUUGCCCUCAUGACGAAGUUCAACCCCAUGAUAUCUAUAGGGGUUACUGGAGUCAGCCUACAAGUUGUAACAACUGUCACAGAAAUGGGAAUAUGCAACGCCAUUAACUCUAACGUAGCCGUUUACAGUUCACCGAAGUAUAUAGCUGCCAAAAGAUGGGACAUAGUUGAUUCAAAAGAUAAAGUUUUUUACAUUCAUCCUUUAGACGGAGAGGUUUUAGCUCAGGUUGUUAAAAUAAAUGGAGCUUAUAAUGCUUAUGUCCAUGGGACGUUUGAGGUGCCGGAUAUCUCAAAGAAGUUCUACCAUGCGGAAGAAAAUUAUUACUGCAAAGUGCAUGUGACUGCAACUUCUAUCUACACCUCACCAGAAGCUGCGAAACUGACAGUUGGUCAGCGUCGCUGCCGCUUCAUCCACGAGAACAACCUGCCGCACUUCUCCGUGUACACCUACACCAUGUGCCGCAUGGAGUGCAGGAUCCGCCUGUGUCUGCACUACUGUCAGUGCAUACCCUUCUUCUAUAGACCAAUAGGCAACGAAAAAAUAUGCGACGUAAAGGGGAUGCAUUGCUUAGCCAAAUAUAAGGAUGAGCUCUAUGAUUUGCGAGAUAGCAAAGGAAAGAAGAUCGCCUGCGAUUGCUACCCGCUCUGCGACGACGUGAAUUAUGUUAUGCAAUUUAAUUCAUUGCAAAAAUGGACUAUCGACACAAAUUUCCAGUGGGGCAUGGUGACCUUCCCGAGGCUACGGUACAGACGAGACAUCAUUUUCCGAUUCACUGAUGUUUUAGUGGCAAUUGGAGGGAUGGGAGGUUUGUUCCUUGGCUGCAGUGUUCUUAGUUUCCUGGAGAUUUUGUACUUUCUGAUACUGUGGAUAUUCAAAGUUACAACUCGAGUCAACCCGUAAUAGGAAAUAGAUUAUAAUUAUUCACGAAAUUAAAUCUUUGCACUGAAAGCAUUAAUUAAUAUAAUCAAAGUAUCGUCAAAGGCUUGGUAGAUAUCAUAAAGUUAAUAUACCUAGCGGAAUAGAGAAACAAAGGC